CGCCACUGUGAGGCGAAGGCACGGUAACGCUUCCUGGGCUUGGCGGCCAGGACUGAGAAAGAAGCACGAACAGCUUCAGCUCAAUCCAUAAAUCCAGUGCGUAUCGGAUGGUGAUCACUCUGGCAGCAGCUGCAGGAUGCAAUAAAGGUCAAAGGUGAUCUUGAAAGGGAGCUAUGAGUCUGACGUCCUGGUUUCUUGUGAGUGGCAGUGGGACACGUCAUCGUCUCCCCAGAGAGAUGAUCUUCGUGGGGAGAGAUGACUGUGAACUCAUGCUGCAGUCCCGUAGUGUGGACAAACAACAUGCUGUCAUCAACUACGAGGCGGAUACAGAUGAACACAAAGUUAAAGACCUGGGCAGCUUGAAUGGGACUUUUGUCAAUGAUGUCAGAGUACAGGAGCAAAUGUAUGUCACACUGAAGAUCGAUGACAAACUGAGGUUCGGUUACGAUACAAACUUGUUCACGGUUGUUCGCGGAGAGCUGCACAUACCGGAAGAGGCUCUAAAGCAUGAGAAGUUUAGCAGCCAGCUUCAGCUCAGCCAGAGAAGGCCUCUCGAGGGGGAGUCAUCAAAAUCAGAAGUCAAACGUUCUGAGGCAGCCGCACCAGUGUGUGAGGCGGCCUCUGCUAAAGAGCCCAACAGGGUGGAAGAAAAGAUGACCGAUGUAACAGUUUUGCACAGGGGAACACCCCUUUAUGGACAGCCUGCCUGGUGGGGUGAUGGGGACGCUGAUAAUCACUCCGGAAGGCCUGAAGAAAAUAAUUCUGAGAGAACUCGUGAAAAACCUCAAACAGACACAAAGAAGAGCGCGGAAAUGCCAAAGUCUGCCCUGCAACUACCCUCGACUCAGGAGCCAAGCUACUUUGAAAUCCCAACCAAAGAUGGCCCCCAAGAAGGUAAAGCAAUUGGUGAGGCCACAUUUCGAGAUCAAGAGGCCGCUAUUUCAUCUGUUGCCGAGCCUGUCCAUGGUCAUGCAUCCUACACCAUUGAAUUUGACCCCGGAGCAUCAGGGAAAGUGACGGUCAAAGAUCGAGUGGCAAAGUUGGGCUUAGACACAAGGCCACGUCCAAAAAGGGGAGUGGGAGAGGAACUGAGUCCACUUCAGACAGCCAUGGUGGCCGCAGAGGUCAAAGUUGCUGAUUGGCUAGCCCAGAAUGAGCUGCCUUUGACUGUUAAAGAAACAGCUGCAGAAGAUGGUGGGGAAAGUGUGAAGAGUGAUGUACCUGUUCAGCUGAGGAGUCUGAAAGACAGCAAACAUGAGGAUGGCACACAGAGCGACUCUGAGAACGCACUUGGAGAACAACGCAGGGUUGCUGCUCUGGAGGAGCGCCCUUUGGGGCUUUGGGGCGGAGCAGGAAUGAAGAUCAGGGAAGGGCGCGCUAAUGUGCCUGAGGGGCUCUUUGCGGAGGAGGAAAGUCCAGCUCGCCGUCGUAGGUCUUCAAGUACAAAAGUGCCAGCUAGCUUUGUAGAAAGGCAACAUAGCGCUGCACCACACCAACAAAGUAGUCGUGAUGAGUGCUAUCAACGCGCAGAUGAUGGCAGCGACAGAGGAACAUAUACCAUCGACCUGGAAAAUGGUGACCAUGAAGAAGAAGAGGCUCGAAAAAUGAUUGACAAGGUGUUUGGUGUAGAUGAACUAGAGGCUCUGCAUGUUUCCAGAGUGGGGAGUGCAGGCCUAAAAGAGACCCUCCCCUCCCAGAGGUCUGCUGCUAGAGAUGGAGGAAAACCUGGCUUCAGGGAAACAGAGAUACUGCCUGAGGAACUGGUGGUUGGUGGUCCUCGCUGGGUCUCACAGUGGGCUAUCCUCGCUGCCAGCCACAUAAGGACAGACCCUGAGGGAUCUGGUGGCGAGAGUCAAAGUUUAGUUACCGACAAAGCAGAUGUAAGUAAAUCCAGCCAUUACUUUGCUUCAUCUGGUCAAAAAGUACCUGAUGAAGAAGGAGGAAGGAGGACUCCAAGUUGUGGCAUGCACACGGAUAUGGGAGAGAAACAGGACACGGAACUGCAAGAGAAGGAGAGCCAGCGGGGGAAGACAGCAGGAGAAGGAAUUUUGCCUGCUCAGGGCAGCCCUAGUCGUUCUUCAUCAGCCAAGUCACAGGGCAGCAGUUAUGGGAGAACAAGUCAAACAGGUGCGAUGACUAAGCUCCCCCCUCGGCCAAAGACGAGUGGAGAGAGGAGAAUAGAGGAAGUGCAGAAGAGGAAAAAGGAAGAGAGGAUCAAAGAGACCAUUGGAAAACCUUUUUUGAGACAGGAGAGUUUUACUGUGGAGAAGCCAAGCUCCAAUGUACCCAUUGAGCUGAUUCCUCGCAUUGAUGGACUCACAGGAAGCAGACCCCCUAGUAGGGAGGCUGCCAUCGACAGUGACAUACUACAGAAAGACUCUGAGGCAGUGGCAGCUUUCUUAGAGACCACUGUAUCAGACCAAGGUGAUCCGCCAAGUCAGUCCAUUGAAGGUUCCAUGUCACCAGAGUCAGAUGUGGACACAACUAGUACAGUGAGCCAGGCUGAUGGAGCAAGGAAAAUGGUUCAAAAACGGCGAAUUCUCGUUGGACAACAAAAGCAGAAAACCGUUGUGUCCUCAAACAACAAAGGCGCAGCUGCUGGUCGAGAGACACAGGACAAGAGGGUUAAGACCAGAACACAUGGUCUUCAGCACCCCUGGACUUCUCUGGACCUCACAGAUGAUGAUAUCAACUCAAAUUCACUUCUCUGUGAUACCCGGCCGACCACACAGGAAACCAGAGGUUCACGGGCCAGAACUCAAACAGAAAGCACUACAGUGGGGGCCAGCACUAAGUCCAGUAGGGCUAAGAUCAACCAAGCACCUGCUUCUCUUCCAGCCAGUAAAACCACAAGUGCACCAAAGCCAAGGCCUACAAGGGCAUCCAUCCUGAGGCGAGCCCGACUUGGUGACUCAACCGACACUGAACCAGUAGAUUUGGACAGGAUGUCUGUGGCCUCUGAGGCCUCAACUACUAGCUCCACAUCCAGGACAGGUCUGACAAAAAGAGGAAUGUCUAGGAUAGAGGCUCUGGCACAGCCAAGGAGACCAAGGGUUGGUUCUCCUUCUGCCCAGAGUGACUCUGAAGCUACCGUGACCAGGAGUAGAGGAUUGGGAGCUAGAAGUACUGCCGGUGAUUAUGCUAUUAGACACGGACUAAGAGGGUCCAAUGUGACCUCUGCAUGCGGACCCAGAGCCAGGGCGAACAGUGCCUCCAAGCUUCCUGACAAAAGUAAACCCAUCUCCUCAUAUGGACAGGCCACACCAGCAGGUAUUUCCAGCACUCGUUGGCGCCGUGUGCCUGUAGAGUAUGCCUCCACCUCAGAAGAUGAGUACGGAUCCAACCGCCAUAUGUCCAAACAGGGCCAGGCACGGCCAGUUCCGGCCACACGAGUGGCACAGCUUGGAGGCUCAGGGCCAACUGCUCCUAAUUCUGCAGGCCUGAAGCCAGCAUCUCGAGAUCAGGAUGAAUAUAUGAGAGACUGGACAGCACACAGUGAAGAGAUAGCCAGGAUUAGCCAGGACCUUGCCAAAGACCUAGCGAUGCUUGCAAGAGAGAUUCACGAUGUAGCUGGAGAGAUUGACUCAGUCAGCCCUGCAGCCACUGACCCUGGAGUCGUGUUGGAGGAAUGUGAUGACCGCUUGGACCAAGGGGGUCCCUCCACAGAUCAUAGCACUGCUCUGGAAGCAAAUGGGAAGUCCGUUGAAAUGAGACAGAGGUCCUCCAAUCCACAGGGAUCGCGCUCCAUUCGUCGACAAACAUGGAACCGCGAUGAAGCAAUGACGCUAGACAGUUUACUCCUACCAUCUGUGAAUCAGCUCUCAAACAGAAUACGACAAUCUGUCGACAAAACAGCCAACAAAAUCAGGAUCCUUUUCAAGGAUAAAGACCGGAAAUGGGAAGAGAUUGAGAGCACACUUCAGGCAGAGCAUGACUCCUUGCUGUUGAAGAGCUCCAACAAGGAGAUUUCCACUAUCAUUCAAGACCUAAAGAGAGUGGAAAGACAACUUCUUGUGAUUGAUAUGAUGGUGGAUCCAGACGGGACCCUGGAUGCUCUGACAAGCCUGGGCCUUACCAGCCCGUUGGCUGACCAGAAGGGUCCUGCAACUCACCAGGCAGAAUCAGCUCCUACCGCCGGAGGAGAGGCUUCUUCUCGUGCAUUGUUGGACUCAAGGCAUGAAGUCGCCCUCGGUGAAUCGCAUGGACUGUCAGAGUGUUUACAGGUAGCACAGCAAGUCAAAGGGUCCCCACACACCAGUGGAUAGUUGACAGCACUGGAAGCAUCUUCCAAAAUGUGUCCAUUAUAUCAUACUUAUUUAGAAUCUCCAAGAAGCAUUCACAAUUUUGACAUAAUCUGUCAGUACAGUACAGAUUUUGAAUCUGGAAAAGUGACUUGAUCGUUUGCUAUGGUUUACUUAAUUUCUGUCUUGAUGCAAAACAAUUUCUUUGCACGUUUUUUUUGUGGUUUUUUUUUGGUACAGUUACAGUAUAUCACCCAAAGUCACGUAUGGGAUUUAUAAACUUCUGUCCAGUGACUUGUCAUUAUCAAUGCAAAUAAAUAGUGUAACCUAACAAGAAAGGUCUGUGCAAAGGUGUCAAAAAAAAAAUCUACUACGGUAGUUUUUUUGUGUGCGAUAAGAACUGAGAUGUACAGUAUUUACCUUGUAUCUGAUUCUUAUAGUCAAAUCCCAAACUAGUACAUGCCUUUGCCAUGUGAAAACUAUGUGCAACCUGGUAGAAUAGAAAGGUCCGAUGUAGCUCCGAGAAAGAUUUUCUUCUCCCUUAAGUAUUUUGUCACAAGUGCCCUAACUCAGGCAAUCAUUACAGUAAAAGAGCAGAAAUGAUAAAGAUGAUAGCAAGGGACUCUUCAAAGUAGGUUCUUUGCACUUGUUGAAGCUAUGUCAAAAUUGGGGUGUAAAGGAUGAGAAGAUGCCCGUUCUAAUGCUCCAUUCGCGGUGGCGGUUUGGCGAAAACGUAUGCAAGGUUGCAGUCAUUGGGGAAAAAGUUAUGUCCAAUUAUUUUCUACUGAAGUGUUGUGUUUCAACCAGCAUAGACAGGGUCUACCUCCAAGUCCUGCAGCGGCGGGCUGCAACGAUGCAAAGGAGGGAUGGAGAGAUUUUCAUCACAUUAUCGUUUACACAUGAAUGUAACCGGAUCAAAUUCUACCUAACAAAUUUAGCAAGUAUUACUAACUGCGUUUUGUGAUCAGCACUUAGUGAACUUUGUUGGUUGACGAUUUUGAAAAAGUUUGGUUUGGAUGGUUUGUAAAAGAAAAUAAUGUUUUUCAUGAUUUUAGUACAGUUGUUAACUUCACAAUACCCGUGUAUUGUUUGCCUUGUUUCCAAUAAAAUGCAUGAUAGUCCUA